AUGGCGAUGGCAGAUGUGAAGUUAAAUUCACCAACUCAAACAAACAGUCAAAGUGUUGUUGUCAAUGUCAAAGAAAGAGAUGUUGAAGUGGGGAAACCAUACGAAGACCAAGAUGGUAUAACAAUUGUUCCUGUAAAAGAACCAACAUAUCCUGAAGUUAGCAGAGACUUAAGUUCUGUUGCAGAUAUUCGAAACGACUACCAACAACUUAAAGACAAACUUCAAACUCAGGAGAAGAUUUGUCAAGCUUUAAGUAUAAUGUUAAACUUGGUCGAACACAACCCUGUAAAAGUGAACUCAUAUGUCAUUGCACCUCAUGAAGUUUUGAAAGAACUAUUGAAACUUUUGACAGAGGCAGACGAUAUAAACAUCAAAGAAAUAGAACCCGACAUUAG